ACCACAAUUCCAACCAAACGUUUUCCAGACGCAGUUUCUUUCACUCUCUUCCAAAAAUGGGGUCACGCUAUGAGGUUGAAGUCACAGUAACCUCCGCCAAAGAUCUCAAGAACGUCAACUGGCGCCACGGCCAGCUCAAGCCCUACGCCGUCCUCUGGGUCGAUCCCAAGAAUAAGUGCUCCACCCGCGUCGACGAGGACGGCGACACCUCCCCCUAUUGGGAGGAAAAGGUCGUCAUCCCCUUCAACUCCCCCAUCGAGGACUCCACUCUUUACAUCGACAUCGUCCACGCCAACGACGCCGAGGACACCAAGCCGCUGAUCGGCUCCGCCAAGCUCCCUCUCCGCGACGUCGUUGACGACGCCGGCAUGGGUGCUCGUGUCGAGAGGAAACUCGAGCUGAAACGCCCCUCCGGCAGACCUCAAGGAAAGUUGGAGGUCAGCGUCAGCGUCCGCGAGCCCAGGUAUCGUGCUCCGGAUCCCUAUUACGCCCCACCGUACGGUGUACCUCCACCGGCGACCAGGGAUUACCCUGCUCCGCCGUACGGGAAUCAAUAUUACGGAGCGCCGCCGGCCUACGCGGCUCCCCCAUCGGGGUACCCUGCCUAUGGUGCCCCGCCGAGUUACGGUCAGCCAAGUUACGGCCAGCCGGCGUACGGGCAAGGUAGCUACUACGGGGAACCGGGUUACGGACAGCAAGGGUAUGUGGAGGAGAAGAAGAAGAGUAAGUUUGGGGGUAUGGGGACGGGAUUGGCCGUGGGUGCGGUUGCAGGGGCGUUAGGUGGACUGGCACUGGCGGAGGGAGUUGAUGCGCUGGAGGACAAGAUCGCUGACGACGCUGCUGAGCGGGUGGAGGAUGAUUUGGGUUACGAUGGGGAUGAUUUCUAGAGUGCAAUUUCAGAUUUUGUAACCGCACUCUGUUUUACAUUAUUAUUAUUUAUUUUCUUUUUUUUUAAAUGUGUUCGUGUCUGUGCUUUUAAGUAAAUCUGAUAUUAUGACGUUAUUUUGAUUAAUAUAAUCAGAAACAUGGAAAAAUCAGCUUUACGAUAA